AUGGACCGGAGCGUUUCGCCGUUACCCAACCGGACACGUGUCGACAUGGACCCGCUCGUGGACACGCUUACCGACGACGCCGUCGACGUCGACAAGAAGCGCGAGGCCGUUGCCACCAUCCGCUCGUCGCUAAAGAACAACCCGGAGAACAAGGCGAGGCUGCUCGCCGCCGGCGGGAUCGACGCGCUCAUCGCGCUUCUCCCGUCCAGCGAUCCGGCCACCGUGGAGCACGCCGUCACGUCGCUGCUCAACAUGUCUUUAACGGAAGGCGUCGAGCCGUUGAUUACCUCCGCCGGGGGGAUAGAGGCCAUCGUGCCGGUUCUCGGCACCGGGUCACCCGCUGCUCGGGAAAACUCAGCCGCAGCUCUGUUCUCGUUAUCGGGACCCAUGGAGAACAAGGUCAAGGUGCGCGACGCGGGAGCGAUCCCGUUCUUAAUCUCCCUGCUGCAAACCGGCAGCCUGCGCGGGAAAAAGGACGCGUCGCUCGCGCUUUUCAAUCUCUCCCUGGAGUCUUCCUGCGUACGCGAUAUAAUCGCCGCGGGGACCGUGAAAGUCCUCGUACAGCUCUUAACGGACGCGGAGCCGGGCAUGGAGGACAAAGUCAUGGCUGUCAUUGCGAAUCUGUGCAAAUCGGCGGAGGGGCGGCAGUCGGUGCACACGGAGGGCGGCAUCGCCGCCAUGGUGGACGUGAUCGACGGCGGAUCGUCGCGCGCGAAGGAGGACGCGGCGGUCGCGCUGCACCUGCUGGCGACGAACAGCGAGGCGUCGUUCCAGCUGCUGCUGGAGGAGGGAGCCAUGCCCGCGCUGGUGAAGCUCGCGCAGUCGGGCUCCGGGCGCGGCAAGGCCAAGGCAAAAGCCCUGCUGGAUCUGCUGCGUGGCUAUGCAUCGGCCAACUCACAGAGCUUCCGCCACUCGGGGUCCUUCAAUGGGUCGUACUCGCAGACGUUUGACAAGCGCCCGCCCAUGCAGGCUGGCGAGAUCAGGGACAGGGGGCUCACAGGCGAGCUUAGGUGA